AUGUCCCCCUCACAUUUCCCAACCUCAGAACCCUCGCCGGAUGAGGGUAUGGUUCCUGCCUUGGUUCUGAUUGAGCAGGCCGCGGCUGUGCUUGGGCGGAUGAUACAUGGGAUUAGGACAGGCAGUCCCUACAUACACAUCGACGACGACAGCAUAAAGGCGAACCCGAUUCUGCGGACAGCCCUAUGGCAAGCGGCCUAUGUUUUAGAAAAGGCAUACCGACGAAGAUAUCGUGUUCCUUGGACGGCUCAGCGCUAUAUGUCGGAGCUUACCCCUCGACAGGAUGGGCGCAACGCCGCGCGCGAAGGAGUAAUGUUAAAGGAAUUUCCUCCAGGGGACAACCUCGGUAGCGAGGGGCCGGUACAGGAGGUUCUUCCUGCCAUGAUCGUCGACGCAGAGGACCACAUUGUCUUCUGCUACCUCCCUAGUUGCAUAUCCCCCGCGGUAAUGGCAAUACUCGAUGCGGCUGUUGGAACGCUCGCGAGUACAGAAGAUGGUCAAUUAGACAAAAAGAGGAAGGCCAGGGAAGGUGAAAGGGAGAGGCUAGAGAGACAGAAGGCGAAGGGGAAGGGUAAACAGCAGGGUGAAGGUCAGGAGAGGCUGGUGGGUAACUGGAGAGAAGCAUCGGAUUUCUUCAGGAAGGAGAAGUGCAACAUGAGCCCCGGCGUGUUGACAUUCGCCCCAGCGUGGUGGCCUGUAGGUCAUGAGAAACAACUUCCCGGUCCAGCGGCGACGUUGAAGACACCCGACGGAGAGGGCCAGCAGUUCUUGGAGGAUAUCCCGAUUGCUUCGGCAGUCAUUGGGGCUAUACUCUCGCAGAUCAACCAACCCUUAUUCGAAUCGGGCGUGAAGGUUUUGAAGGAGCUAUAUUCCAAUUCAAAACUCACCAAGGACCACGCUACGGUAUCUAAGAUCAUUGAAAUAUGGUUCUCCCCCUUCAGCUCCCUAUCCCUUAUCGUCAAUCGCAAAACUCCCAUUCACCGAGAUACCAGUGGGCCGAUGCAGGGGUUGGAUAUACUUCUUACCGGCGGCAAUUAUUCGAAUGGCGUAUUCGAGACACCUUCGUUCAAUCGGAAGUGGACGUAUAACCCUGGGUGUGUGGUCGCAUUGCUGGGAAAGUUGGUUCCUCAUGGUGUGCCUCAGGUUAACGGGGAGCGCUAUUGUAUGGCGUAUUUUUGGCGGGAACGGUUAUUCGAAGCGGCGGGCGUUGCGUUCCCCUACCCCUCAAAGUGGGAAGAGUCUUCCGCAGGUAUUCCAGAUGUCUUUCGGUGGUACAGGGACUAUGCAAAGUCUUAG